UUUUUUAAAAAGCAAUGCCGUCCUUAAAUAAGAAUUGGCAGCAGAUUAUUUGUUAUUUCUCUUUUUUUGUAAGUUAUGGGUCUUUGUGGCCACCUUUUUAGUAUUUUGCAUCAUGUUGUCAAAAUGUCUUAUCUACAUUCUUAGAUCGACCCAAACCAGUGCAGAUGUUUGUUUGUUUUUAAGGCUGCUUAUGCAUUACAUUUCUAUUUAAACCUUUUGUGCAUGACAUCGAGAGCUGAUGGGGGCUCUCAUUUAAGGCAUUUCUGUAUGUGGCUUUUUGUAAUAAAUAAUAAUUUGGACACUUUUUCCUGUUUUUUGUUUUACAGUUCUCCAGCAACCAGCCUCCCAGAGAAUGUGUGCAGGCUCUUCGUGUCGACCUGAUCAGCAGGUGAAAGCUCAGUACAAAGAAACAGCCACUGAUCUUUGUGGCGACCGACUCCUGAAGACAUUACUUGCUCCCAUAACUGUCACCUCUGCAACUUUCUUACAGCAAGUCCUCACAGCUGGACAGAAGAGCCACAUUUGCAGUGCAGCAAAUAUGUGCAGCACAGAGCGCAUGAGAUGGCAGAUGAAGAAACACUACCUCAAUGUGCUGCAUGCAUGCAUCCAGUCAGGUGUGUAUGCUCGUCCCUGGAACACAAACCCCACUGCUGUUUAUCUUGUCUUUUGUUUGUGUCCUUUAGGUCAGAGUGACCCCUGCAAGAGGAAGCAUGUGGAUCAGAACAGAACGCUCACAAAGGAUGUGCAGAAGGACACAUGGUGGACAAACAAGCCACAACCACAGAGGGAAUGCAGGAAAAGGGCUCACUCUGACCUGGUUCUUCCAAAAAUUUCCAAAAGAUAAUGAUAAAAGUUCAGGUUUUGUUGGUCUUGGUGACUAUACAAACAGUGGUGACUUUUUUUUUGUUUUGUUUCUGCAGAAAGCCGUAAUUUCUCAAACUUCAUAAUAAAAUAAAUGUGUUUCUCUAUUUACAAUCUGAUUGUAUUACUAUAAAAGGCAUUUUUGAAUGCAGAGAGAUGGUUC